AUGAAUUUUCAUUUUGAGCAGCAAAAUUCUAUUUUCUCUAUGCAGGAUUUCACUUUUGAAGAAAUUCAAGAUCUUCUUGGUCAUACUGAUGAGCAUCAAAGGUCGAUGGAAUUCGCUUUCGAUGGAUUUCAAGACGAUCGCAUGGUUUAUGAUCCUCAAUAUGAUGCAGUUUCACCGCCACAUCAAGCAUUAACAGAGGAGAGCACAAAGCAUGAUAUUGGGGUCAAGAAGGAGUAUCCAUUUUCUUUAGCUGCUUUUGAGAUAUUGAAAAACCAUGGAAACCGGUUUAAGCGAUUAACGGGGAGAAGAAUUGUCGAGGCAAACAAUGACAUAACAACACUCAAUGAGGUGGCUGCAGACCGAAAACUAUCAACCGAAGAGAUCUUGAGAAUUGCCGGAGAAAGAUUCAUACAAUACUCGUCCCAGCAGGCAACAAGCCAUCCUUUUCAAGCUUCCUUCUCUGGCCUUUCCUAUGAAGAGACCAAAAAUGUUGAGCUUGUUGAAUUGCUUCUGGCUUCAGCUGAGAAAGUGGAGAACCAACAGUAUGAAAGUGCAAGAAGAUUUCUCAACUUGUGUGGUCACUUGUCUUCAAACACAGGGAAUCCAGUUCAAAGGGUGGUUUACUAUUUAUGUGAGGCUCUUAAGGAAAAGAUUGGUAAGGAAACAGGAGAGAUUGCGUGGAAGGGUAAGGGGAAAAAUCACCGAUCAUUCGAUGUGAACAAAGCAUUGGUGGUUCCAGAUGCCCCUAAGCUUGCGUUUCAUAAAGGACUUCCUUUCUCUCAAGCAGAAAAGUUUGCUGGAAUCCAAGCCAUUGUAGAAAAGGUUGGUGAAGCAAAGAAGGUUCAUGUGAUUGAUAUUCGAAUAGGGAAUGGUGUUCAGUGGACAGCCUUGAUGCAAGCUCUUGUGUCUCGCCACGAUUGCCAGCUCGAACUUCUCAAGAUAACAGCGAUUGUAACUAGUUCAAAACAUGCUAUUGAGGAAACAGGUAAGUGGUUGUCUAAUUUUGCCUCUACUAUGAACAUUCCAUUUUCUUUCAAGAUAGUUAUGGUACCAAACAUGUCAGACCUCAAGGAAGAUCUUUUUGAAUUGGACGCCGAUGAAACGAUUGCAGUCUACUCUUCUUUUACAUUGAGUGGCAUGAUUGCACAACCAACUCAAUUAGAGUCUCUAAUGAGGGUGAUUAGGGGACUACAUCCAUGUGUCAUGGUUGUGACCGAAGUUGAGGCAAAUCACAAUUCCCCGGUCUUCGUGAACCGUUUCAUUGAAGUCCUUUUCUUCUUUGGGACAUUUUUUGAUUGUGUAGAGGCUUUCAUGGAAAGGGAUGAGCCAAAUAGAUUGAUAUUUGAAGAAUUGUAUUGUUUUGAGGCAAUGAGGAACAUUGUAGCUUUUGAGAGAGAAGAAAGGAAAAUUCGGCAUGUGAAGAUUGAUGUUUGGAGGGCGUUUUUUGAGAGGUGUGGAAUGGAGGAGCUAGAAUUGAGCCUAUCAUCUACAUACCAAGCAAAGUUGGUGACAAAUAAUUUUCCAUUUGGGAGUUCUUGCACAUUUGAUAUGGAUGGAAAAUGCCUAUUAAUGGGGUGGAAGGGUUCACCAAUUCAAUCUCUUUCUGUUUGGAAGUUCCUUUAG